CUUAACGGAUUUGCCGAUUACGGAACUUCUUAUCUCGCCUCCUGCUGCGACGCGCCCACAAACGGAUCCUGCGGAAUGACCCAAGUUAUUGGCCGUUCCAGUUGCCUGAGAGCCGUCGAUUCGUUCUGGGACACGUACGCGAAUAUCAUCAAGUACGCUGGCCUGGGUGUGACCGCUGUUGAGCUUGUGGCUUUUAUCUUCGCGUGUUGCUUGGCCAACCAGACGCGCAACUCCCAGAGACGCCAGAACUACUAA